GAAGGAGGAAAAAGAAGUAGAAGCAGACAAAGUAGUUCAUCAAGAGAAGAGUGAACCCAGCCUGAUCUGUCCCCCACCACGCAGCAGGAACUACCUUCCUCCAGAGAAUAUACAGAGCUGCCUUGAGUCUUAUGUCAAGGAGAUUUUUGGACCCUCGCUUCCUGAUAACUGGCAGCAGACACCUCUCAAAGAAAACAGGUUAAAGUAUCGCCUCCUGGCUCAGCUGGCAGCAGAACUUGGUCAUGCUGUCCCCAAUUCACAGCUCCACCUGAUGCGCAGUGCUGAGGAUGUCCUGAAUUUCUAUAGCACUCCUGUGAAGGAUGUGUCCAAGUUUGAUGAACUGUGUGCUGCAGAGCUACCCCCAAACCUGAAGAUCAUCUGGGAGCAGUGA